AUGCUGGACGGCCUGAAGAUGGAGGAGAACUUCCAAAGCGCCAUCGAAACCUCAGCCUCCUUCUCCUCAUUGCUGGGCAGAACAGUGAGCGCAAAGUCUGUCUGCGAGGGCUGUCAGCGGGUCAUCUCCGACCGGUUCCUACUUCGGCUCAACGACAGCUUCUGGCACGAACAGUGUGUGCAGUGUGCUUCCUGCAAGGAGCCCCUGGAGACCACCUGCUUCUACCGGGACAAAAAGCUCUACUGCAAGUAUGACUACGAGAAGCUCUUUGCUGUCAAAUGUGGAGGCUGCUUUGAGGUCAUCGCACCCAAUGAGUUUGUUAUGCGUGCUCAGAAGAGUGUCUACCACCUGAGCUGCUUCUGCUGCUGUGUUUGUGAGCGACAGCUUCAAAAGGGUGAUGAAUUUGUCCUGAAGGAGGGGCAGCUGCUCUGCAAAGGGGAUUAUGAAAAGGAACGGGAGCUUCUCAGCCUGGUGAGCCCAGCAGCUUCUGACUCGGGCAAAAGUGAUGAUGAAGAAAGUCUUUGCAAGUCAUCCCAUGGGGCAGGAAAAGGAGCCACGGAGGAUGGCAAGGAUCACAAGCGUCCUAAACGUCCCAGAACCAUCUUGACAACUCAGCAGAGGAGAGCAUUCAAGGCCUCAUUUGAGGUUUCUUCCAAGCCCUGCAGAAAGGUGAGGGAGACGCUGGCUGCAGAAACCGGGCUGAGUGUCCGUGUCGUCCAGGUGUGGUUCCAGAACCAGAGAGCUAAGAUGAAGAAGCUGGCCAGGCGGCAGCAGCAGCAGCAGCAAGACCAGCAGAACACCCAGAGGCUGAGUUCUGCCCAGACAAAUGGUGGCAGCAGUGCUGGGAUGGAAGGGAUCAUGAACCCCUACACAGCUCUGCCCACCCCACAGCAGCUGCUGGCCAUCGAGCAGAGUGUCUACAGUUCGGAUCCCUUCCGACAAGGGCUCACCCCACCCCAGAUGCCUGGAGAUCACAUGCACCCUUAUGGUGCGGAGCCCCUUUUCCAUGACCUGGAUAGUGAUGACACUUCCCUCAGUAACCUGGGUGACUGUUUCCUAGCAACCUCAGAAGCUGGUCCCCUGCAGUCCAGAGUGGGAAACCCUAUUGACCACCUGUACUCCAUGCAGAAUUCUUAUUUCACCUCUUGA